AUGGGUGCGCGUUGCUCAAAAUUUUCCUUCUGCUGGUGGCAUUCUCACCUGAAGCCAUCCGUUCUUCAAUCUUCUGAUCUGGAGAAUGGGGAGAAAAAUGCAUUGCCAAGCUUUACCGAGUUCAGCUGGGAAGUAUUGAAAAAUGCAACAAAUGGGUUUUCUUCAGAGAAUAUUGUAUCAGAACACGGAGAGAAGGCCCCAAAUGUAGUUUACAAGGGCUUGCUUGAGAAUGAUCGCUGGAUUGCUGUUAAGCGCUUCAACAAAUCUGCUUGGCCUGAUUCUCGCCAAUUCAUUGAUGAAGCCCGCACUGUGGGAAAUCUGAGGAAUGAGCGCGUGGCAAAUCUGAUAGGAUGUUGCUACGAAGGGGAUGAGAGAUUGUUGGUCGCAGAAUUCAUGCCUAAUGAAACACUUGCAAAGCAUUUAUUUCAUUGGGAGAACCAGCCCAUGAAGUGGGCAAUGAGGUUGAGGGUGGCUCUGUAUUUGGCGCAAGCUCUGGAGUACUGCAGUAGUAAGGGACGGGCAUUGUAUCAUGAUCUUAAUGCUUACAGAGUCUUGUUCGAUAAGGAUGGUAAUCCCAGGCUCUCUUGCUUUGGCUUGAUGAAGAAUAGUAGAGAUGGCAAAAGUUAUAGCACAAACCUAGCUUUCACUCCACCAGAGUACUUGAGAACUGGAAGAGUGACACCAGAAAGCGUAGUUUACAGUUUCGGAACCAUGCUUCUUGACCUUUUAAGUGGAAAGCAUAUACCUCCAAGCCAUGCACUUGAUCUCAUUCGUGGCAAGAAUUUUCUGAUGCUUAUGGAUUCUUGUUUAGAGGGCCAUUUUUCAAAUGAUGAUGGAACUGAGUUGGUGCGAUUGGCUACCCGUUGUUUGCAAUAUGAAGCACGAGAAAGGCCCAAUGCUAAGUCUCUAGUCACUUCUCUCAUAUCUCUUCAAAAAGAAAACGAGGUUCCUUCACAUGUUUUACUUGGCAUUUCACAUGGAGAUGCAAACUCCACUCAGCCACUGUUGUUGACACCUAUGGGUGAAGCAUGCUUGAGAAUGGAUCUUACAGCCAUACAUGAAAUAUUGGAAAAAACUAGUUACAAAGAUGAUGAAGGGAUCGCCAAUGAGCUAUCUUUUCAAAUGUGGACAAAUCAAAUGCAGGAGACCUUGAAUUCUAAGAAGCAUGGAGAUACUGCUUUUCGAGCCAAAGAUUUCACUACUGCAAUUGAUUGCUAUACACAGUUCAUUGAUGGUGGGACCAUGAUUUCACCGACAGUCUACGCUCGACGGUGCUUGUCUUAUUUGAUGAACGACAUGCCUAAUGAUGCUCUGGGGGAUGCUAUGCAAGCACAGGGUAUAUCUCCUGAGUGGCCUACUGCCUUUUACCUUCAAGCAGCUUCGCUCUUUAGCCUUGGGAUGGAAAGUGAUGCUCAAGAAUCACUUAAAGAUGCCACAAAUAUGGAAGCCAAAAGGAACAGAAAUUGA